AUGGCGAAGGAUGCGAGAAGUACGUUCGAAAUCAUCGAUGAGCGGGGGUGCCCCGUAGACCCGACCAUCUUCCCCGCGUUCUUCCAGACGGACAGUAGUCUGCAGAGUUCGUACGAGGCGUUCCGAUUCACGGAAUCGUACGGCGUCAUUUUUCAGUGCAACGUCAAGUACUGCAUCGGAAAAUGUGAACCGGUAAUAUGCAACCACGGCAGGGAGAACUCCGAAUCGUGGGGACGAAGAAAACGAGCUGCGAGCACCAUGCGCAACUCCGAUGAAAUGACCCUCAGUCAGGAAAUCCUGGUACUCGAUUUCAGCGAAGAACCAGCAGCAAGGUCAAUGACGGAAAAGCCACCUUCAGCCAACGAAUCGCUAAGUUUCGAGGAGACAGUGCAACUGAUGGACAAGUGCGCUUCCAAGAAUUCUGUGAUGGCCCUGAGCAUAACGGCGGCCUCCCUGCUGGUCAUCUAUAUUUGCACCGUGGCGUACUUCGUAGCACACAGAAGGGUGAAAAACUUGCCUUGA